GUGUGAGCACAUUUGGUUUUUUUGUGAGGUCGGAUCUCUGCUAUUUUGAUUGAAUUGCCAAUUUAUAAAUGUAUCUAUCCUAUUUGCACCUUACUACUCUAUUUCGUGGUUCCUUGUAUAUCUUGUAUGCAUUUAUACUUACUUUUCAGACUACAUAACUCCUGCAAGGAUACAACAUCAAUUUCUUUAUGCAGCUAUGUGAAUUGUCCUUCCAGAAAACCCGUCACUUGAGAAACCCAUAUAAUGAGAACUUACCAGUGAAGAUUAGCAGAGAUUGUCAAGAACUAGAGGCCUCUGUUGGGGAGCAGUUGGCUUCCCUAUUGUAUCUUGAGCCAGACAGUGAACUUAUGGCAAUCUCACUAGCGGCCGAAUCAAAACGGGAAGAGGAGAAGGCAAAGGGUAUGGACAUAGAGAGUGGGAAUGAGAAUCCAGAUAUUGUGCCAUUUGAAGAGAAUGAAGAGGAGGAGGAGGAAGAAGAAAGCGAGGAAGAGGAUGAGAGCUUUGGUCAAGCUUUUGGACCAGCGGCCAUGGGGAGGGGAAGAGGAAGGGGAAUGCCGUGGCCUCCCAUGAUGCCACCUAUAGGACGUGGGGUAUGGCCACCCCUCCCCGGGAUGAGGGGGUUCCCUCCCACAAUGAUGGGUGACGGGUUUCCUUAUCCCGGACUUACACCUGAUGGCUUUCCAAUGGACAUGUUUGGCAUGGGCCAGCGUCCUUUCGGCCCUUACGGUCCGAGAUUUGCCGGUGAUAUGAUGUUCCAUAACCGUCCUCCCGGUGGCGGAUUCGGGCCGAUGAUGGGCCAGGGAAGGGGCCCAUUCUUAGGCCCACCAAGAGGCGGUCACCUGAUGGGGAUGGGGCCACCAUUCGUCCCACAACCCCCAUCACACGCCCUUCAAAAUGCUUAUCGUGGUAGAAGAGAUCACAGAGCAUCAGAACCCAGUGACAGAAGUGGACUGCUAGAUCAAGGUAAGGUUCAAGAGAUGGGAAGUUCAGCAGCCAUGGGGCCCGACGACAAAGCUAAUUAUCAUCAGCAACAAAUUAGCCAUAGAAAUGAUGAGAGUGAAAGUGAGGACGAGGCCCCACGAAGGUCGAGACACGGUGAAGGAAAGAAGAGACGAGGCGGGGGCUUGGAGGGCGAUUUGGUCACUCCCAUCUGAGUUGGAACUUUGCCUUUUUUUUUACUUUCCUCUUGUCUUUGCUAUAUAGAAGACACUGAGUGUUAGUUACCACACUGCUAUUGUUGGAGGAGGUAAACUGGGAAGGGAAAAGAGGAAGAAAAUUCCUUCGGAAACACAGAAAUAUCUUUUCCAUAAGAUGAACGAAAGCAACAGCGCAGCUCAAAGAGCAUUUUACAAUUUUUUGUUGUUGAAUUGUGUAUACAUAUGUGGAAUUGAGGUUAAGGAUAGAGGUUGCCUUCUAACUCA